AUGGCUCGACAAUCUUCCAUCCUCGCACCCACGGCCGCAAGUCUACCAGAUACCCUCCGCAUACCCUCUUCCACGCCCCGGCUGAUAAAAGCGUUAAGCAAACUAUCACGGCCCUCUCUCAUAUCCCUCGCUCUCCAAUGGAUAGACAAGAAAAAUUUGGCCAGCUGCAGACCCUAUUUACUUUCCGAUGAAUCACAGUCACAGUCACAGGAUGAUGAUACAAGCCCCUAUACACCAGCUGAGAGCGUGGAGGAUCUAAAGAUAAUAUACACUGAUUUCCAAGGCCAAAAGGGUGGGAAGAGAGAAGUAAUUGAUCGGAUUCUAGAAGGAGAUUGGCGCCAUGGUUUGUCGCUUCGGCAGCUUGCUAUGGCAGACGUGCGAUAUAUCGAAGAGCAUCCAUCCAGUCAUCGUUGGACAGCGUUCCGAAUAAAUGCAAGCAGCGCAGCAGCAACAGCAACAUUACCUUGCGAUUCCAAGAGUAACGAAGAUUAUGCGACUGCUCUUCCACACUUUCAAGCUUCCAGUUUUAUCAAAGCUAUGCAGCGUGAAAUAUCACCGCUUGUCAAAGCGCAUUACCACAUCCACCGGUUCCACUCGCUUCCGUUAACGCUCGUUCGAAUACUAGCCAUCGAUUCCCCCUACCAAUUCCCACGCCAAUCCUCUCAUACAUUUAUUGACAGCUCAAGGUUAAUAUAUCUUGCCUUCCCAGACAGCACACCUUUUAUAUACUCCUCACUUGUCUCAGCUCCAAGCUCAAAAAGGGAUGGGAAUAAUACGUAUUCUACCGAUGUCCGGACAUUACGGCGCAUAGUCAAUGAUGCAGUUCCGAAGGCCCUAUCACGCCCGCAACAACGGUACUCACUCACCUCCACAUCUCUGGCAGCAAAGAGCCUACAUACCUUGCUUACUCUACGCGGGCCCUGGAGAACAAACUCUGCAAACGGUGCCUUUACCGUGUUUGCAGAUGCAGUUGCGGAGACUGGACCCCUAGAGCCCAGAAUAAGUUACACUGUGCCUUUUAUGGAUGAGAAUACUCGAGUCACAAACACCACCAUCAAUAAUAAUAAUACACCAUCAGGCGACAAGGAAAAUCUACAUCUUCCUUAUACGAAGAGACAGAAGCGGCCAGUUAACGAACUAAGAGCCGAUUCCCAAUCACUUAAGAAACGAAAACAAGAUGUAAUAUCCCGAUUUGGAACGUCUGGAGACCCGAACCGUACCUUGUCAUCCUUCGACCCAGCACCCCAGCCAAUUCCCGACCAACACACCCUAUCAACCACCGCUAACCAACCCAUACCGCAAAUAACUCCAAAUCCAGCGUUGGAUCGCCUCCAAGUACAUCUUCAAGAUCUUCCAACACUAGAGCCAGACCCAUCACCUUCUCAAACUGUGGUCUCACUCACAUUUUCGGGUUCAGAUGUUAUAGCAGGCCUACGACAACUGGCGGAACUAGGUGUGAUUGACCCCACUCGUAUGCCAUCAUGGAUGACAGGUGAAGAGGGCGUCAGUACCGCCAUAAUUAAAGGGGGUGUAAUAGUGACACCAUAG